CGGAGGAGGAGGUGGAGGCGGCGGCGACGGAAGAGGGCGGAGGGUAAUGGGAUGGGGGUCCCGCGGCAACGCUGAAACUCCGGGUGGGCGUCCAUGGCGCUGCCUCGCUGACAGGGCUGCGAACAGCUUGCCUUCCGCUCUCACCAGCUCCGCGUCGGAAUAGCCGGUCCUUCCCCGGGGAGCUAGUUCCUCCCCGGGCCCCUGAGCCAUGCCCAUCGCGGCCGCGCCGGACGAGCCAGGUGUAAAUUAAUUAUUUGAAAGUAACUGAAGAAUGGAGCCAGACAUCAUUCGAAUGUACUCUUCAUCCCCACCACCACUAGACAAUGGAGCCGAGGAUGAAGAUGAUGAUGAAUUUGGGGAAUUUGGUGGGUUUUCAGAAGUUAGCCCUUCUGGUGUAGGGUUUGUUGAUUUUGAUACACCAGAUUAUACUCGUCCCAAGGAAGAGUUUGUACCUUCAAACCAUUUUAUGCCAAUUAAUGAUUUCUCAGAAAAUGUAGACAGCCUUACAAGCUUUAGGUCCAUUAAAAAUGGUAAGGAUAAGGACAUCACUGCUGAACUUUCAUCUCCUGUGAAAGGGCAGUCUGUUUUACUCUCUACCACCAGCAAAGAAAUAAUUUCAUCUAAAACUUUAGCUACUUCCAUUGAUGGCAUAGAAAGGCCAGGAGAUUUAAAUAAAGUAGUGGAGCAAAGACAGAAUGUUGGAACACUUGAAAGUUUCUCUCCAGAAGAUUUUAGAACUGAUAUGAACGUUGUUCAUCAAAACAAACAGUUAGAGAGCUGCAAUGGUGAAAAGCCUCCUUGUCUGGAGAUUCUAACAAAUGGGUUUGCAGUAUUGGAAACUGUAAAUCCUCAGGGAACAGAUGAUCUGGACACUGUAACCGAUUCAAAAGGAAGAAAGCCUCUUAGCACUCACAGUACUGAGUAUAAUUUAGACUGUGUACAUAGUCCUGCUGAGGAAUUUGCAGAUUUUGCCACAUUUUCCAAAAAGGAAAGGAUACAGCUAGAAGGAGAAAUAGGAUGUGCAACUUUAAAUGAUAGAGAAGCACUAACCAUACAGGAAAACAAUAAAAUUAAUAGAGUCAAUGAACUGAAUUCUGUAAAAGGAGCAUCUUUGGGUAGAAGCUUUGAUGAUAAAGAAGACACUGAUGGAGAGGAUCAGGUUAGCAUUUCAGAAACAAGCAUGAAGAGUAACAGAGGUUUCAUUACUGAAGAACAAGGCCUUCCAACAUUGCAACCGGAUGAAUUUUUAAAUUCAAAUGUUCAAUCAAAGGCUUGGAGUUUGGUAGACUCAGCUGAUAAUUCAGAAGCCAGUAGGAGAGAACAAUGCAAAACUGAGGAAAAACUUGAUUUAUUUACUACUAAAUGUGUUGACCUAUGCAUGGACUCUAUUAAAACUCUUGAUGCUGAUGAUGAAGUUAGUUCUUCCAAAGAAGAAAGAAAGUUUACUGAUUCUCAGAGCCCCAGCAUUGAUCCUACAGAAGAAAACGCUUCGGAUGAUUCUCUAAGCGUAAAAAAUGAUGAUAGUAGUAACGACUUUGUGACUUGCAAUGAUACUAAUGAGGAUGAUUUUGGUGACUUUGGUACAGCCAGUGGCACAACUCCACCUAUUGUUACUAGUACUCAAGAUUCAAUGAGCGAUGUCACUUUUGAAGAAUCCUCAGAGCACUUUCCACAUUUUAGUGAAGCAGGUGAUGACUUUGGAGAAUUUGGGGAUACAAAUGCUGUUUCUUGCCAAGAGGAAAUUAUAUUUACUGAGUCAGACCAAAAACAGACUUCUGAUAGUUUAUCAGAGGAAUGUAAGUUGGCAAGAAAGUCUACAGGUGCUGAACCUGUUUCAAAAUUGAAAAUCGAGAGUGAGUUUGGAGAUUUUGAUUCUGUGCCAAAUAUUCAAGGUGACUGCAGUGCAUUUCAAGACUUUGAUGAUUUUGCGGACUUCAGUUCAGCUGGUCCUAGCCAAGUUGGAGAGUGGAAUGCUUUUGAGGAUGGCCAGAAAGAUAGUUGCUCUUGGGCUGCUUUUGGAGACCAGCAGGCUGCUGAAUCUCAUCGAAAGGAAGCCUGGCAGUCACAUAGGACAGAUGAAAAGAGCGACACUCUGGGAACCCCCAAAACGUACAGUGUCCCAUUAGUAACUUCCAAAGGAGCAGUUAUCGGUCGUCAUUUACAGGAAACAGCCACUUCGGUUCAGACAGCUUUAUUAAACCGCCUGGAGCGAAUUUUCGAAGCAUGCUUUCCUUCCAUAUUUGUCCCUGGUACUGAAGAGGAAGUUACUUCCCUGAAGCACUUGCUGGAAAUAAGCACCUUGCCAAUGAAAACAAGAGAGGCCUUAGCUGGAAAUGGGGAACUGCUGAAUGUGUGGACGGAGCUACAAGAUAUCCACGAUGCACAUGGCUUGAAAUAUCAAUGGGGUGGCUCCCAUAGCAACAAAAAGCUUUUGUGCUCCUUGGGAAUAGACACCCGAAACAUUCUCUUUACGGGCAAUAAGAAGCAACCUGUUAUAGUGCCCAUGUAUGCAGCAGGGUUGGGUAUGUUAGAACCCACAAAGGAACCACUGAAACCACUUUCUGCUGCAGAAAAAAUUGCUUCUAUCGGUCAGACAACUACCAUGUCACCAGAAAUGAACACAUGUACAUCUGACCAAUUCCAGGAGUCUCUACCACCCGUCCAGUUUGACUGGAGUAGCAGUGGCCUUACUAACCCUUUAGAUGCUAGUGGAGGUUCCACUCUUCUGAACCUUGAUUUCUUUGGGCCCGUGGAUGACAGUAGCUCUAGCAGCAGCACCACAAUCCCAGGUGUGGAUCCAGAGUUGUAUGAGUUAACAACUUCUAAACUGGAAAUCUCCACUUCAAGCCUCAAAGUGACUGAUGCAUUUGCAAGACUCAUGUCCACAGUAGAGAAGACAAGCACAUCUACCAGGAAACCGAAAAGAGAAGAGCACCUGAGUGAAGAAGCCAUCAAGGUGAUUGCUAGCCUUCCUGACUUAACGUUUAUGCAUGCCAAGGUGUUGAUGUUCCCAGCUACCUUAACACCUUCCACAAGCUCCCAGGAGAAAGCAGACUGAUAACUGAUGUAAACUGGACAGUUUCAAUUGCUUUUCCUUCACUCCAUCCCUCUCCUACCAUCAAAAGCAUACCUGCUGUAAUUAAAAAAAAUUCAAGUUCAGCUGAUUUGUUGGUAAGCCGCAUUAGAAAGGUAUACAUAGUAAUGUAUAUUUAUUUACAUACUGAAGUCCUAAAUUUAUAUUAGAAAAAAUGUAAAUAAUCGGGGGUGAACAUUUUUGAAGAUUUAUUCUUUUUGUGUUGCUGGGGUAUAUACAUUUAUGUCUUUGUGAAAUACACUGGUGGUGUCCUUCUUACAAAACUUUUGAAAUAAAAAAAAUUAAAAACUCAAA